GCAUAAUAUUAUUAUUUUAUUUCGUUUUAUGGUAGGUAUACGAAGAUUUUCCACUAUAUAAGGUGUGAUUGGAAAUACCAUACCACUUCAACGAUAUGAAUAUAGUUUUUAAGUCUUUAUCUGGAACAGUGACAGGUAUACACUUCCUCUCUUGUUUCUACACACAAAAGCUGCAGGUUUAAUGGGGAAAACGUAAAAAUCGAGAUAUCCGACCAAAAUUUUCAGUAAUGUGUUGAAGAAAAUUUAAUUAAUUAUGCAAAUAUAAACAUACACGCGUCAAUCGAUAGGAGAACAGCAAUUUAUCAUGUGGUUUAUCAUUGUACUAAAUUUGGAAUUAAAAAUGUAAUAUUAAAUUGCUUAAAUUAAGGUUGUCUCAACUCUCAAUAUCUACUGUUUUUUUUUUUUUUAUUUAUUUCGUUAACAUUAUUACUAAAAACGUGACUUUCAGAAAAUAUGUCAGUUCAUAUCGUAAUACUGUUUUAUACUAAAAGGAGCGUCACCACAAUCAUCAUCCAUACGGUAUGCACUAAGUAUACUAAACGCAUACAAAAACAAACGUAUUGGCAGCAGGAGUGUAUUAUGAUUAUUAAAAGUAGUAUACUAAUUCAUUUCGUAAAUUGAAAUAUUGAAUAGUAGAUAGACAUAUUACACGUAGUAAUAAUUGAGUGUGAAAAAAAAUCGACCAAAAUUCUUGUGCGCAACUGCUGUCAAACGCGGUUUCCUUGUCCAGUAGCUCAGCAGAUAUAAACGACAAUAGACACGGUCGGAGACGACCGCACAACGCGUCGCACGAUAUACAACAUACACACACAAAUAUAAAUAUAUAUGUAUUAAUAUUAAUUUCGAGUACUUUGAAGUUGUGAAAUAUUUCACGCUUAGUGAUCAUUCCAUCGUGUUGGGGAAUAGAAACGUAAUGACGGAUGACCGCCGAACGAACCGUGACGAGCUGAAAUUAAUGACCAACGACACUUCAACUGUAUGAUGUGUUGCGCCGUGGAACUGUACCUCUCGAAACAAUAAGCCGGACGGCCAGACUGUGAAUAAUGUUUUCAAACACAAAUAAUAUGUCUAAACCAAAGAUUUUAAUAUCGCAUAAUAAUUUUCAACAAGCAAUCAUUGGGCAAUUGAUGAAAAUGUUUGACGUGCAAAUAAUCAACAAACCUAUGAUCGAAAUCACUAAACAAGAUCUGUUAGAUAACAUUUUUGGGAAAUUUGGAUUGCUUUUUUCCGGCACUAACACAACUAUAGAUGAACAAGUGAUCGAAGCAGCAGGUCCUAGUCUUAGAGUUAUCAGUACAACAUCUAUGGGUUAUGAGUCCAUUGACACGAAUGCUCUGAAGAAACGAGGGAUUGUAUUAUGCAAUUCUACACACGCUACUACAGAUAGAGUCGCAGAACUCACAGUUGGUCUGUUAAUUGCUUCAGCAAGAAAUUUUCUCAAUGCAAGCCAACAGAUGAAAUCAGGUAAACUUCCAAGAUUGCCUGGUAUGGGCCUGACUAAUUCCGUGGUCGGCAUAAUUGGCUGCGGAAACAUUGGCAUUGCGGUGGCAAAAAUGCUGAGCGGGUUCAAAUUGAAUGGACUACUGUACACAAGUCGUAAACCAAAGCCCGAGAUGGAAUGUCUCGGAGGACAAUUGGUGUCGACCGACGAUUUAGUUGGACGCAGCGAUUACAUUAUUUUGGCUGCAGUUUUGGUGCCCGAAACCAUGUAUAUCAUAAAUAAGGAUCGACUGGCACUCAUGAAGCCUAACGCUGUGAUAAUUAAUGUGGGUCGUGGCAAAUUAAUUAACCAAGAUGAUUUGGUCGAUGCUUUACGGGCCAAACGUAUUCGUGGAGCAGGAUUAGAUGUAAUGACCCCAGAACCUCUUCCACUGGACCAUCCUUUGUUAACAAUGGAAAACGUUGUUCACGCAAAUCCUUUGAAGACCCUUGGAAACACAACGAAAAAAAAUAGUGUUCUAACCGUCAGCCCCAUAAACCAUUUCGUAACUGAUCGUAGCUACGUCCCCCUCUCACCAACGAGUUAUAUAAACAAAAUAAUAAUUACAGUUUAAAAUAUUGAUCAUUUAAUCACACGAAACAUUGAUUUUACCAAACA